CACACACAGACAGAGCUUUACUAUCUCUCUCCCUCUCCCUCUCUCGACUCCCUCCUCACUCGGCAUUCAAACAGCUUUCCAACAUCAUCAGCCAAGGAUUUUUUUUUCCUAAUCGCUGUCCCUCCAUCAGUACCUGAGGGGGGAGGAGGAAAAGGAGGAGGGAGAAAAGAGGAACAAGAAUAAGCCUGUUAAUCUUAUACCAAUAAAACCACACCAACCCAACAAACCCGCCUAAGCAGCAGCUCCAGCGCUUAGAGUUCUCGCCUCUGCGUUUCCUUGGCAUUUUGGCUACUCGGGCUGUUGGGUUAGAUUUGGUCAAACAAAUCGUUGCUCUUAAGCCAGUUCCAAUUUUUUUUUUCCCCUUGCAGUUCUCGACUUGGGCUUUCCCACCCCCUCCGUUCUCCGUUUGGGAGGUUGGAUUGAGUUGGACACGGCGCCAACCUCUGGGCUCGCUGGGGGUGUCCUCUGUUUCCCUCUCCUUUUUUUUUUUGCCCCUUUCCUUCUUGUGAAUGUGCUUUUCUUUCUUUCUUUUCUUUUUUCUUUUCUUUUCCUUUUUUUUUUUAAUCUUGGUUUUGGAGCCUAAGUCGGGGAAAAUGGGCAACGGUGAUUCGGCCAGAAGGGGAGUCUCUCCAUCUCUGUUGUUGGGACGUGUGCCUGUGCUAGGCUCUUAGAGAAAUAGCCUCCCUCAGCUUUCGGAGUGGAAGAACAGCGGAAAAGGCUGCAGUCUAAAGACUUUUAAAAUUAACUUGGCAUCACUUUUCUCAGCCCAGACACUAACUGGAAAACGAAGUGUCAGUCAUUUUUUAAAGAAAAAAAGCAAAAACUUCUUAAAGGUUAAAGCUGAAAACAUUCAAGUUAUUUUUGGAUAACAACAUACAGAGGGAAUUGGACCAUUGUGAAUGGCCACGUGGUGGCGCUGUUCACACAGCAUCGAACAAUUUCCUUGCGUUAUAAAAUAAAAAUUACCUGCCCUUCUUUUUGUAAAGGGUUUUAACUGAAAUCUUGAAAACAGCUGGCCGCAAUAUUGGAAGAAGUGUCUUUUUCAAUGCGUGCAGAAUUACCUUUGCAUUAUAAUUUCAUCCCCAUUUUUACAGGCCAAAUGACAUAGGAUGAAGGCUGUUCGUAAUCUGCUGAUUUAUAUAUUUUCCACCUAUUUCCUGGUUAUGUUUGGAUUUAAUGCUGCCCAAGACUUCUGGUGUUCCACGUUGGUGAAGGGAGUCAUUUAUGGAUCGUAUUCUGUAAGUGAAAUGUUUCCAAAAAACUUUACAAACUGCACUUGGACGCUGGAAAACCCAGAUCCAACCAAAUAUAGUAUUUACCUGAAAUUUUCCAAAAAGGACUUCAGCUGCUCUAACUUUUCUCUCUUGGCUUAUCAGUUUGACCAUUUUUCCCAUGAAAAAAUAAAGGAUCUUUUAAAAAAUAACCAUUCUAUAAUGCAACUCUGCGAUUCCAAGAAUGCUUUUGUAUUUCUACAGUAUGAUAAAAAUUUUAUUCAAAUACGUCGGGUAUAUCCAAUCGAAUUUCCAGGAUUACAGAAAAAAGUGGAUGAAGACGAAAAAUCUUUUUUUGAGUUUUUGGUAUUGAACAAGGUGAGCCCAAGCCAGUUUGGUUGCCAUGUAUUAUGCACUUGGCUGGAGAGCUGCUUAAAAUCCGAAAACGGGAGAACGGAGUCCUGUGGGAUCAUGUACACAAAAUGCACCUGUCCUCAGCAUUUAGGGGAAUGGGGAAUAGAUGACCAGUCCCUGAUGUUGUUAAAUAAUGUGGUGCUUCCCCUCAAUGAGCAGACGGAGGGCUGCCUAACCCAGGAGCUGCAAACUACCCAGGUCUGCAAUCUUACCAGGGAAGCGAAGCGCCCACCAAAAGAAGAAUUUGGAAUGAUGGGAGAUCAUACAAUUAAAAGUCAGCGACCUCGAUCUGUUCAUGAGAAAAGGGUCCCUCAGGAACAAGCUGAUGCUGCUAAAUUUAUGGCACAAACUGGUGAAUCUGGUGUGGAAGAGUGGUCCCAGUGGAGUUCAUGUUCAGUUACUUGUGGUCAAGGGUCGCAGGUGCGAACCAGAGCUUGUGUAUCACCUUAUGGGACACACUGCAGCGGCCCGUUAAGAGAAUCAAGGGUUUGCAAUAACACUGCCCUCUGUCCAGUACAUGGAGUUUGGGAGGAGUGGUCACCCUGGAGUUUGUGUUCAUUUACAUGUGGUCGAGGCCAAAGAACUAGGACACGAUCAUGUAUACCUCCCCAGUAUGGGGGAAGACCAUGUGAGGGACCUGAAACUCAUCAUAAACCUUGCAAUAUUGCUCUUUGCCCAGUUGAUGGACAGUGGCAGGAGUGGAGUUCCUGGAGUCAUUGUUCAGUGACAUGCUCCAAUGGCACACAGCAAAGAAGCCGGCAGUGUACUGCAGCUGCCCAUGGUGGCUCUGAAUGCAGAGGUCCCUGGGCAGAAAGCAGAGAAUGUUAUAACCCAGACUGUACAGCAAAUGGCCAGUGGAAUCAAUGGGGUCACUGGAGUGGAUGUUCCAAGUCAUGUGAUGGUGGAUGGGAAAGGAGAAUAAGGAUUUGCCAAGGUGCAGCAGUAACAGGACAACAAUGUGAAGGAACAGGUGAAGAGGUCAGAAGAUGCAGUGAGCAAAGAUGCCCUGCACCUUAUGAAAUAUGCCCAGAGGACAAUCUAAUGUCGAUGGUGUGGAAAAGGACUCCAGCAGGAGAUAUGGCAUUCAACCGAUGUCCUCUGAAUGCCACAGGCACCACUAGCAGACGCUGCUCUCUCGGUCUUCAUGGAGUGGCCUUCUGGGAACAGCCAAGCUUUGCAAGAUGCAUAUCAAAUGAAUACAGACACUUGCAGCAUUCAAUUAAAGAGCACCUUGCCAAAGGUCAGCGAAUGUUGGCAGGUGAUGGGAUGUCCCAGGUGACCAAGACCCUGUUGGAUUUAACUCAGAGGAAAAAUUUUUAUGCAGGAGACCUUCUAAUAUCGGUGGAAAUUCUACGAAAUGUGACAGAUACAUUUAAAAGGGCAAGCUACAUUCCUGCCUCUGAUGGCGUACAGAACUUCUUUCAAAUAGUUAGCAACCUUCUAGAUGAAGAAAACAAGGAAAAAUGGGAAGAUGCACAACAGAUCUACCCAGGCUCCAUAGAAUUAAUGCAGGUGAUUGAAGAUUUUAUACACAUUGUUGGAAUGGGGAUGAUGGACUUUCAGAAUUCAUACCUAAUGACUGGAAAUGUAGUGGCUAGUAUUCAGAAGCUUCCUGCAGCUUCUGUUUUAACAGACAUCAAUUUUCCAAUGAAAGGAAGGAAAGGAAUGGUCGACUGGGCAAGAAACUCAGAAGACAGGGUAGUUAUUCCUAAAAAUAUCUUCACACCAAUGUCAUCAAGAGAAUUAGAUGAAUCUUCUGUGUUUGUCCUUGGAGCAGUUCUGUAUAAAAAUUUAGAUCUUAUUUUGCCUACUUUGAGAAAUUUUACUGUCGUUAAUUCCAAAAUUAUUGUGGUGACAAUAAGACCUGAACCCAAAACAACAGAUGCUUUUCUGGAGAUAGAAUUAGCACAUUUGGCUAAUGGUACUUUGAAUCCUUAUUGUGUGCUGUGGGAUGACUCAAAAACGAACGAGUCUUUGGGAACCUGGUCCACCCAGGGAUGUAAAACUGUGCUUACCGAUGCAUCCCAUACGAAAUGCUUAUGUGAUCGUCUCUCCACCUUCGCCAUUUUGGCUCAGCAACCUAGAGAAAUAAUCAUGGAAUCAUCUGGGGCACCUUCAGUAACACUCAUAGUAGGCAGUGGUCUGUCUUGCUUGGCCUUGAUCACCCUAGCAGUUGUCUAUGCAGCACUAUGGAGGUAUAUCCGAUCUGAGAGGUCAAUAAUCUUAAUUAACUUCUGCCUAUCUAUCAUCUCAUCAAAUAUCCUUAUACUAGUUGGACAAACUCAGACGCAUAAUAAGGGCAUUUGUACCACGACUACUGCAUUUUUGCACUUCUUCUUCCUAGCUUCAUUCUGUUGGGUACUGACAGAAGCGUGGCAGUCAUACAUGGCUGUAACAGGAAAAAUUAGAACUCGACUCAUAAGGAAACGCUUCUUGUGCCUUGGAUGGGGUUUACCAGCAUUAGUAGUGGCCAUUUCAGUAGGCUUCACCAGGACGAAAGGAUAUGGCACUGAUCACUACUGCUGGCUAUCUCUUGAAGGAGGGCUACUCUAUGCUUUUGUUGGGCCUGCUGCUGCUGUUGUCCUGGUCAACAUGGUGAUUGGCAUUUUGGUAUUUAAUAAACUUGUUUCCAGAGAUGGGAUCCUAGAUAAAAAGCUCAAACACAGAGCCGGUCAGAUGAGUGAGCCUCAUAGCGGUUUGACGCUCAAAUGUGCCAAGUGUGGAGUAGUUUCAACAACAGCUUUGUCAGCCACCACCGCCAGUAAUGCCAUGGCAUCUCUUUGGAGCUCCUGUGUUGUGUUGCCUCUCCUGGCUCUGACAUGGAUGUCUGCUGUUCUGGCUAUGACAGACAAAAGAUCUAUCCUCUUUCAGAUACUUUUUGCAGUAUUUGAUUCAUUGCAAGGCUUUGUUAUUGUCAUGGUCCACUGCAUUCUUCGAAGAGAGGUUCAAGAUGCAUUUAGAUGUCGGCUAAGAAACUGCCAAGAUCCAAUCAAUGCAGACUCCUCAAGUUCUUUCCCCAAUGGACAUGCCCAAAUCAUGACAGAUUUUGAAAAGGAUGUGGACAUUGCUUGCCGUUCAGUUCUUCAUAAGGAUAUUGGGCCUUGCCGGGCAGCUACAAUAACAGGAACAUUAUCUCGGAUUUCUCUGAAUGAUGAUGAAGAAGAAAAGGCAACAAAUCCUGAGGGCCUGAGCUACUCAACUUUGCCUGGGAACAUCAUUUCCAAAGUCAUCAUCCAGCAGCCUACAGGUCUGCAUAUGCCAAUGAGCAUGAAUGAGUUGGCUAAUCAGUGUCUGAAAAAAGAUAACAGUGAGUUACGGCGAACUGUGUACUUAUGCACUGAUGAUAAUUUGAGAGGGGCAGAUAUGGACAUAGUACAUCCUCAAGAAAGAAUGAUGGAAAGUGACUAUAUAGUGAUGCCCAGAAGCUCUGUUAAUGCCCAAUCAGCAUUGAAAGAGGAGAGUAAACUGAAUAUUGGCAUGGAAACCUUGCCUCAUGAAAGGCUGUUGCACUACAAAGUCAAUCCUGAAUUUAACAUGAAUCCUCCUGUCAUGGAUCAGUUCAGUAUGAAUUUAGAUCAGCACCUUGCACCCCAGGAGCAUAUGCAGAAUUUGCCAUUUGAGCCUCGCACAGCUGUAAAGAACUUCAUGGCCUCUGAGCUGGAUGACAAUGCAGGACUAGCAAGAAGUGAAACUGGGUCAACGAUAUCCAUGAGCUCCUUAGAGAGAAGAAAAUCACGAUAUUCGGACCUUGACUUUGAAAAGGUCAUGCAUACUAGGAAGAGACAUAUGGAACUAUUUCAGGAACUAAAUCAGAAAUUUCAGACUUUGGACAGAUUUCGGGACAUACCAAAUACAAGCAGUAUGGAAAACCCAGCACCAAACAAGAGCCCAUGGGACACUUUCAAAAACCCUAGUGAAUAUCAACAUUACACCACAAUAAAUGUUUUAGACACAGAGGCAAAAGACGCUUUGGAACUAAGACCAGCAGAAUGGGAGAAGUGUCUGAAUUUGCCUCUCGAUGUGCAGGAAGGAGACUUUCAAACAGAGGUGUAACAGAAAGAAAGCAAAAUAUACUGCUAUGGAAAAGAGAUGGCUCAUUGCGCUGACACUCAAGACUUGGGAAGCCUGACAUUCCUCUCUGGACAUUGUGGCUACCGUACAUAUGUCAGGAUCUUCAUGUGCCAAACGUCAGUGGUGUUUUCGUACCAUAUCGUCCCGCUAGGCAAGCUAGUGGAGAAUCAGGUGUACAAUUCUUACCAUCCUGUGUUGUAAGUAAACGUGGAAUGGAUUUGUAAGGUAAUCUUUAUAGAUAAACCUCAAGCAACGAUUCAUGUUGUAACUGCUUCAUUUGGUUUAGUUUUCAGAAAACUUCACCAUGAAGCACAAUGUAUAUAUUUAUGCAGUUUUUAAAGUUUAUAACAGUCUGUUUGGCCAUUACUACACUUUUUACUUUAUAAUAUAAAAGCGAAGUUUUUGUCAUUAAAUGAAUGUUUGUUGAGCUACAUUCUUCAUUGCUUUAAAUGCAAUAAAGUAAUAAUCUCACUUUUAUAUGAAUAAUAUAUUUCACAUCUUUAUUAUUGCAGUUUUCUCCAGAAAGCUCAGAGUAGCUUUCUCUGCUGCAGCUGUGUAUAAAAUAUUUAAAAUGUUGUAUGGUGUAAAUAAACUUUUGUCUACAUAUCA